CGUCAGCCUCACCAGCCGAUUGCUUGUCCAUCAUCAGGCCAACUGCCGAUUCGUUCUUUGCGUGCUUAUUUGACAGCCCCAGUAAAGACACCUACAGUACUCGUAGCGGUUCGUACACGUCAUGAAGCGCAUUUGGCAGGCCAGGUAACUCGUACCUGAUUGAGGCUCUUCUCAGCAGAAGGAAUCUCACGCGACUAACGUUCUCCCAAUAUUGGUAUUUUUUUGCUUACCAUAGAAUGGUUAUCGUCCGAUUCCAUCGACAUUACAACUCACGAUUGUACCAUUGACCAUGACAUCGGUCCAAGACUCACUCAUCUUCGGCAACAUCCUCUCGACGCGCGAAUCGGCCGCCGUGUGGUCCGACAAGACACGUACACAAUGCUACCUGGCCUUUGAAGGCGCCCUGGCCAAAGCCCAAGCCCGUCUGGGCAUCAUCCCGCAACGAGCCGCCGACGAGAUCAUCAAAUUCUGUCUGGACAUCCGGAACAUCGACUUCGACAACCUGCGCAAGCAGACCGAACUCAUCGGCUACCCCGUUCUGGGGGUCGUCAAGCAGCUCGUGGCGCACGUCAACGCCAUCGAACCGGGCCUGGGCGAAUGGGCCCACUGGGGCGCCACGACGCAGGAUGUCACCGACACGGCGACCGUGAUCCAGCUCUGGGACACGCUGAGCCUGUUUGAGAAGACGCUCGAGUCCAUCAUCGCGUCGUUGCGCGUGCUCGCCGAACGACACAAGAGCACGCCCAUGGCCGCCCGGUCGAAUCUGCAGCAGGCCGUGCCCAUGUCGUUCGGGUUCAAAUUGGCGCGGCUUCUGGCAACGUUCCUGCGUCAUCGCGAGAGACUGAAAGACGUCGAGACUCGGUUGACGGUGCUGGAGUUCUCAGGUGCGGCCGGCACACUGGCCACGCUGCCGCCGACGCAGGAUCAUCCCCUGCUUGGGCUCGAGUGUCAGCGCGAACUGGCCAAGGACUUGAACCUGAAGGUACCCGAGAUCGCAUGGCAUACCGAGCGCGACCGUAUCGCGGAGUUUGGAUCGCUGUGCGCCAUGCUGACGAGUACAUGCGCCAAAUUCGCUCUCGACGUCAAGUUGAUGAUGCAGACCGAAGUCGGCGAGGUGUCCGAACCGUAUGUCCCGCAUCGAGGAUCGAGUAGCACGAUGCCGCAAAAGCGCAAUCCCAUUUCCUGCGCCUACAUCACCGCCAUGGCAGGUACCGUGCGGCAACUCAGCACGAGUCUCUUCGAGGCAAUGAUUGAAGACCACGAGCGAAGUACCGGGCCAUGGGAAAUUGAAUGGAUUGUACUGCCACAAAUCUCAACACUGACGCACGCGACGUUGAAGCACACGGCCGACCUGAUUGCCGGACUUGAGGUGCACGAAGAUGCCAUGAAGCGAAAUCUUGACAUUUCGAGGGGCGGCAUCGUGUCCGAAGCUGUCAUGAUGGGCUUGGGAACGACUCUUGGUCGGCAAUAUGCGCACGAUGUAGUGUAUGACUUGUGCCGGCGGUCGCAACAGGAAAACAGGCAAUUGCUCGAUCUCCUGUGCGAGAACGAAGAGAUCAACAAGAAGAUGAGCAGGGAAGGACUGGCCAAGCUGUGCGACCCUCGCAAUUAUCUGGGGUAUAGCGAGGCCAUGGUCGAAAGGAUAUUGAAAUUGGCCGACGAGCCUCGGGCAGAGCGGAGACCAAGUCUCGUUUGAUGCGGGACCUGCUACACAGAAUCGACUACUGAAUGUGGCAGCCUCUCUAUACAGUACUUGGGCACGCAAUUGGUUGGGAACAGGGCGACCUGGGAUGGGUGGAGAUUCUCAGAUCUCACAAUGUCAUAAAAUUCGUCGUCAAUAUAUAAUACAGAAGGUGAAACUGGUGCAAGAUUUCAACAUGCGCCGAACACGAGUCAGAUGGAUCAGAAAUUGAAGUUUCCAUCCGGUCUCCACCGCGUUGGCAACGAUGGCUGGGCUGAGCAGGUACACGUUCGGGAAUCAAAGUGCCACUGCGCGGCGACGUGGAAAGCAGUGAUUCCUGGGUCAUGUCAUCGCUUCUUCUCCACCGCUCCUGGUCGAGGAGUCAGUAUGGGAUGUGAAAUUGAUCCCUGAGACGGUCCCAGGGAAGCAUGCCUGCAGCAUUCAACUGAACACUUACAAUUUAGAGCCACGGUCAUGAGCGGUCCAGGAUGUGGGCGGCACUGUUCAUAAUGCCAUCAGGCCCACCCAAGCUCAGAAAGUGACCGGCGAUCGCUGAGAAAGUUCCGUGCGGCUCCUCAUGGCUGACUUGCCGGAUGUCGAUGGAAUUGGCAACGUCACGACCAUGAUUCUGGUUGUCAUGAUAAGUGGCUGCGUGGCGGCGACCAUGGUCCUGAUUUGUGUGGUAUAAAGACACCACUUCUCGUCCGUGGUUUUGAUUGUUGUGGUAUUUGAGUGGUCUGGCCGACGCUAGAUCGAGUCCUGCCGCGAGAAGCAGGGAGAUGUAGAUGGCGGGCUUCAUUUUGGGAUUGUAUCGUUGAUGGCGUAGGCGUCGUUAAGAGUCUGGAUUUCUGGAGGACAGAAUGGUGUUGUAGUGAAGGAAAUCUGGCCCAGGUCGCGGUGGGUAAAUGGAGUUCUCCGGGAACAAGAAUUGAAGAGCAUGAAAGAAUGACGAUGGUAAAAGAGCGACUUGAAGGGAGGACAACAAUGUCGGAGGAAGGGAUGAGACAUUUAUCAAUACAUAGGACUCACCUUGCCUACGUGACUUACCUGAUUC